AUCUCCCCCAGUACUCUCUCCUCUCCUCUCCACUCACUCAACCUCUCUCGCCCCUCCCCCGGUCUCCCCUCCCCCGCCGCAUCCGCUGCGCGUGACCACAAGCUCCUGCCGCAACCGCGCGACUCUGCCCGCCGACCACCGCAUCCGCCGCAUGCAUUGGCGGUUGCCGCACGACGAAGGUCACGGCUGGUCCCGCGAUGGCCUCGGCUAGAGGAGGACGAUAGGUCCAUAGCGACGGACGCUCAAGUAAGAGGAGCGGCCCAAUGGCGGCGGCCUCGAGCACGGGGAUAAGUGCAGGCUGGGGAUGCAGGAGAGGUGCAGCGCGGGGUUUGGAGCUCCCACGAGCUGGGUGCGGCGCAUCUGACGGCGACAGACACAGGGACGCGUUGAUACGGGUGUGGGUGCUCAAUUCGGUCCCGUUCUGGCCGGAUCCGCGGCGGUGCUCAUCUCCGGCGAGGUGGCCUGUGACUCGCGGGACGACGGCGGCGCAAGACCACAGGAGGGGCUCAUCUCAUGGGACAGGGGCGCGAGGUCUUGUUGGCUUCAGUUGCCGGUGGCUUGACGCAGGGGUGGCCGGGGUCCGGCGCCAUGGAGGCUCUUCGAGGACGAGGAAGCAGACAGCGACGACAACUUUGAGGCCGGCGGGGGCGCCGUCUCCGCGUUCGAUGGUCGGGGUCCAACGCGGCCGCCGUUGGCUCCAUCCCCUACAGGGUAGUAAAGCUACUCUACUGAAACCACAAAUUCAGAGAUCAUACGCGGGUGAGGCAGUCUGGUAUGUCAGCAAUCCUCUCCCGGUCUUCCGAAUUCCUGGCCAACGCUCCAAGCCCAUCAGCAAGGGCAUUGCACAAUCUCCCCACACUGCUGAUACUAUGAUCCGAGAAGUUUGUCUGUGCUUGCUUGAUGUCUCUUAGCAGUCCAUAGCAGGGGGAGAGGGACUGCUUCUUUGUCAUCAGUUCCUUAAUCCGAAUUUGGCAGUCAAGUUCCAAAAUCACGGGGCUCCUGUAGAUCCUCGAGAGUGCGUGCAACCAAAUAAGGGUUGCUUUUGCUUCGGCCUCCUCAACACUACGGCUAGGUGACGUAUUCUGACUGAUAGAAAUAACAACAUGCCCUCUGUUGUCCCUUGCGACAGCACCUGCAGAAUAUUCACCCGUUUCCUCCAAGUACGAGGCUACAGAAUUUACUUUGAUUGAUCCCAAGGCCGGCCCUGUCCAAUGCAAGUGUUGCGUGGUGGGGCAGCGUGGCUGCUGUCGUAGUCGCAUCGGUAGGAAUGCUCGUGGGCGAAGAGGGCGCGUUGGCGAUUGCCGGAGAGAGGGGAGCGGUGCUGGGUCUUGAGAGAGACAAGAGACGUGGGCGGCGGAGGCGGUGGUGUGGGGAUCGAUUUGAGCGAGCGAGAGAGGAGGGAGACACGCGAGUGCGUAGGCCUCUCUGGUGUAGCGAUUUUUUGUUUCUGUGAUUGCGGGGUGCGGAUAGCAUGUUGUCUAUUUCCUUUUUAACGAAGGCAUUUGGGGGUGGGGGAUUGUUUUUAGUUCGAUGGAGGGGUUGGGUAUCAGAUGUUUGGGUAAGUAUUGAUUCUGUCCAGAUAUGUCGGGAGAGAACAGAUGCAACAGUUUUUCUAUAUUAGUGAAUGAAACCAGUUAAGCAUUGGACAAUGCAUACCCUUGUUCUGAAACAUUGCUACAUGCAUUUUUCACUCCUCUGAGAUCACUUCCUCUAAAAACAAACAGAGUACUAUAGGAACCCUGAUAAGGUUGUUUUAGAUUCAAUUUAAAUCACACCCUGAAAGCUGGCAUGGCAUUUGACUAUAUGGGCAUUAAUCUCCAGCAAAAUACAAUGCUCCUGUAAUAGAAGGCUUUAACUCAAGAUUAAUGUAAACAAGAAUGCAAGCCGAGUUCACCUAAACAACGACUAAAAUAAUACUCCCGCUGUCCCAAAAUAAGUGUCUCAAGCUUAGUACAACUUUGUACUAAAGUUAGUACAAAGUUGAGACACUUAUUUUGUGACGAGGGGAGUAGAAUACAAUAAAUCAGAACUUCCUAUUGGGUUUUAGGCAAUCAAGUUCAGGUGUAAACGACAACCACAUGCAUGCAGUAACUAAAGCAAGAUCAUCAUGUGCCUAUUCACUGUCAGUCUGAGGUGAGGAAAAUGGAACAAUGUAGGCAUAACUGAUAAUGCCGUUUUUAAAUUGAUCACCUGGCCUUCUUUUUAGGCAUAAAAUAGAUGGGCUUGUCAAUGUGAAAUGCACAUAUGUGAAAUCUAGACAUUUGCUCUGUCUUUUGUUGUUCUGAUGCAUGCAAAUCUGUUCAGAAGCAUAUAUAUUAUGCUUUGCUUUGCUGACAUUCUAUUUUGAACAACGGUUUGCUACAGUUAUCAUGCGGAUAAGAGAAC